CCAGGGACUUCCGGAGCGCUACCGGAACCGGAAGCAUCGGGACUUAGGGGGGUGGGGCUGAAAAAUCAAAAAAAGCGCCGCGGAAGUUGGAGGCCGGUGCCGGCAGGGUGGUAGUGGCCCCCAGGUGGGGUUGUGGCGAGUGCCAAUGGACUCCACCGCCUGCCUGAAGUCCUUGCUCCUGACCAUCAGUCAGUAUAAAGCCGUUAAGUCGGAGGCGAAUGCCACCCAGCUUUUGCGGCACUUGGAGGUAAUUUCUGGGCAGAAGCUCACACGAUUGUUUACACCAAAUCAGAUACUACCAAGUGAAUGCUUGAGCUGCCUUGUGGAGCUACUUGAAGACCCAAGCAUAAGUGCACCACUGGUCUUAAGUAUCAUCAGCUUGCUGUCUCAACUAGCUGUAGACAAUGAAACCAGAGACUGUCUUCAGAACACAUACAACCUGAAUAGCGUGCUGGCAGGAAUGGUUUGUCGGGGCAGCACUUGCCAUGGUGAUUCAGUGUUUUUGCAGUGCAUUCAACUUCUACAAAGAUUAACAUAUAACAUCAAAAUUCUCCAUUCUGGUGCCAAUAUAGAUGAGUUAAUUACAUUCCUGAUAGAUCAUAUUCAGUCUCCUGAAGAUGAGUUAACAAUGCCUUGUCUAGGAUUAUUGGCAAAUCUUUGUCGACACAAUCUUUCUGUUCAAACACACAUAAAGACUUUGAAUAAUGUGAAAUCUUUUUAUCGAACUCUUAUAAGCUUCCUGGCCCAUAGUAGUUUAACUGUGGUUGUGUUUGCACUUUCAAUAUUGUCCAGUUUGACAUUAAAUGAAGAGGUUGGGGAAAAGCUGUUCCAUGCUCGAAACAUUCAUCAGACUUUUCAGCUAAUAUUUAAUAUUCUCAUAAACGGUGAUGGCACACUUACUAGGAAGUAUUCAGUUGAUCUAUUGAUGGAUCUCCUUAAGAAUCCCAAAAUUGCUGAUUAUCUUACCAGGUAUGAGCACUUUUCUUCAUGUCUCAAUCAAGUAUUAGGUCUUCUUAAUGGAAAGGAUCCUGAUUCUUCUUCAAAGGUUUUAGAAUUACUUCUUGCCUUCUGUUCAGUGACUCAGCUGCGCCAUGUGCUCACUCAGAUGAUAUUUGAGCAGUCUCCAUCUGGCAACACCAUUCUGGGAAGCCGUUCUAAAUGUUUAGAACCUACUGUGGCUCUACUUCGUUGGUCAAGCCAACCUCUGGACGGAUCAGAAAACUGUUCUAUUUUAGCUUUGGACUUGUUCAAGGAAAUAUUUGAGGAUGUUGUAGAUACUGCUAACUGCUCCUCAGCUGACCGAUUUGUGACCCUUCUACUGCCUACAAUCCUUGAUCAACUUCAAUUCACAGAACAAAAUCUAAAUGAAGCUUUACUAAGAAAAAAAUGCGAAAGGAUGGUCAAGGCCACUGAAGUUUUGUUAACUCUGUGUGGAGAUGAUACUCUAAAAAUGCAUGUUGCAAAAAUUCUGACUACUGUCAAAUGUACCACUCUGAUAGAACAACAAUUUACAUAUGGCAAGAUUGAUCUGGGGUUUGGAACAAAGGUAGCAGAUUCUGAUUUGUGCAAACUUGCUGCUGAUGUAGUUUUGAAAACUCUUGAUUUGAUGAACAAGCUUAAACCAUUGGUUCCUGGCAUGGAAGUAAGCUUCUACAAAAUCCUGCAGGAUCCACGCCUGAUUACACCCUUGGCUUUUGCUUUAACAUCAGAUAAUAGAGAACAAGUACAGUGUGGAUUGGGAAUACUAUUGGAAGCUGCUCCACUGCCAGAUUUUCCUGCCUUAGUACUUGGAGAAAGCAUAGCAGCAAACAAUGCCUAUAGACAACAGGAAACAGAACACAUGCCCAGGAGAAUGCCCUUGCAAUCAUUAAAUCACAGUGUUCCAAGAUCGGUAAAAUGUUUAACUCCUCCGCUUUUGAAAGCUAGAGUUCCUGGAUUGAACAUUGAGGAAUUAAUAGAGAAACUACAGGCUGGAAUGGUGGUAAAGGAUCAGAUUAAUGAUGUGAGAAUAUCUGACAUAAUGGAUGUAUAUGAAAUGAAACUGUCCACAUUAGCUUCCAAAGAAAGUAGGCUACAAGAUCUUUUGGAAGCAAAAGCUCUAGCCUUGGCCCAGGCUGAUCGGCUGAUUGCUCAGUACCGCUGCCAAAGAACUCAAGCUGAGACCGAGGCACGGACACUUGCUGGUAUGUUGAGAGAAGUUGAGAGAAAAAAUGAAGAGCUUGGUGUGUUGCUUAAGGCACAACAGGUUGAAUCAGAAAGAGCCCAGAGUGAUAUUGAGCAUCUCUUCCAACAUAAUAGAAAAUUAGAGUCUGUGGCUGAAGAACAUGAAAUACUCACAAAAUCCUACAUGGAACUUGUUCAGAGGAAUGAAACCACCGAAAAGAAGAAUAAAGAUUUACAGAUCACAUGUGAUUCUCUAAAUAAACAAAUUGAGACAGUGAAAAAGUUGAAUGAGUCAUUCAAGCAACAAAAUGAAAAGACUAUUGCCCAAUUAAUAGAGAAAGAAGAACAGAGAAAAGAAGUACAGAACCAACUAGUAGACAGAGAAUGUAAGCUAGCAAAUAUGCAACAAAAAACAAAAGUACAAGAAGAAAAGAUUAAAGUUUUGCAAAAAGAAAGGGAAGAUAAGGAAGAAACCAUUGAUAUCCUUAGAAAAGAAUUAAACAGAACAGAACAGAUAAGAAAAGAAUUGAGCAUUAAGGCUUCCUCCCUAGAGGUUCAAAAGGCCCAAUUAGAAGGUCGUUUGGAAGAGAAGGAGUCGCUGGUGAAACUUCAGCAAGAGGAGUUGAACAAACACUCUCAUAUGAUCGCAAUGAUCCACAGUUUAAGUGGUGGGAAAAUAAGUCCAGAAACUGUGAAUCUCAGCAUAUAGAAGUUAUGUAUUUAUCUUCCUGGGGAGGUGUGGUAGAGAAGGUAAUUUGUGACCCCAGAACAGUAGUAGAUUAUUGUCUAAUUAUUAAUUUAGUAAAGAACGUGAUCUGAUAAAUAUUUUUAUUUGGUCUUAAAAGUUUUACUUUCUGUUUCUGGCUUUUAUUGCUUAAAGCUAUCUUUCAUUCUUAUAUUAGAAUAUUUUUCUUGACCUCCAUUAUUGUUUUUGUAAAGUUUUUCCAUUUUCCUUCUGAUUUUUAAUUUAUUCUCAUUUGUAAUUAGAUUUUAAAUCAAACUUUCUUGAUUUAACAAUCCUAAAGAUUAAUAAAUUGAAAAUACAAUUACUAGUAUAAAAAGAGAAGGCAUGUUAUUGCCAGGGAAAUGUUUUUCUAAAUAGCACAAAAGAAAAUUCAGUGAAUUUAAAAUAAUUUUGUUACUGCAUUUAAAAUACAGUACAAUAUAUGGUAUUAGUUCUAAAUUUGAAAAAAUAUAAUGAAUAGUUACAAAAAUAAUGUAUGAAAAUUAGAAAAUAUCUGAUGUGUUAAAUGAAUACAUUAUCACAUAAAAAACACUAUAGUUUGUACAAUUAUGAAUGGCCUUAAUUUUUAAUCUUUUUAAAAUGUACUAUGUUGGUAUACCCAUAUCAUUUCCAAUCAAUUAUGAAUUUCUUUUGAUUUACAUAAGGAUAACUUGGAUUCAACCCUUGCUACAUAUUCAGAAAUCUGUUAUUUGUUGUUGAUUCUAAUGUCAGUUGCAUUUAAUAUAUUGCCUUUCAUUGAAAUAGUUUUUAAUUUGGCCAUUUAAUUUUAAGGCAUAGUUUAAAUAUCCUUAUACAUUUAUUUCUUUAAUACAAAGGGAUUUUUUCAGUACUCUUCAUUUGAAUCAAAUGUUCUAAGUGGAGUUUAAAACAGAAGAGUUUUUAUAUCGGUAUUUUGGUUGAUUUUUAUUGCUACUUUUUAUAACCAUUAAUUUUGCUUAGUGUUUUCUUCCCUAUUUAUAUCUUCCUGUGACUUAAGUGAACUUAUAUUUACUUCUAUUUUUCAACCAUAAUACACCUGAAAUUAUCUUUAGAAAUUAAAUAUAUUUUCAUAAUUUGCUAAUUACAUUAAGUGUCAAACUAUAAUAGUUUUACAUACUUGGAUACGUUUUGUAUAGUUCUGCAGAUUUUAAAAACAGCAUUGUACAGAGUAACACAUUUUAGAUUGUUGUUUUAUAAGGGGUACAUUCUGUUUCUCUCUUGAAAUUGCAUGCAGUUUCAAUUUUACAUGAAAAAGUGUUUAAAUGGAUAAAUAUGACUGAAGAAUAAAAGGCUUUGUAAAAUAAAAGAGAAAAUUCUAUAAAAUAAAUAAACCAGGGGUGCCUGGGUGGCUCAGUCAGUUAAUCAUCUGACUUUAG